UUUGCUUUUCAGUUUCCCUCCUCCGUUGCCCUCAAAUUCUCUGUCCCUGUAAGUGUAAACUGUGAAGUACAUUUUCGUUUGACUUUUUCUCCCUACUUUUCUUUUCUCUUCUUCACACCUGAGUCCCGUAAAACUUUACAUACGUUUUAUUUGUCGUUUUUCAAGAAAACGUCCUGUCAAUUUUUGUUUCUAGUUUGAAGUAAUCUGUUUUGGGGUUUUGUUUUCAACUCUGCAAGGCGAAACUAUCGAGAUUUCGUGUUCUGUGAAUUGUGCUGUUAGGUUGAUUUUGCUUUUGAAUCCGUAUAAUAUACCUCUUGUUAUUACAUUGUUGAAUACUUGACCUGCAUGUUAAAUUUAGCAGCUCUUCUUUCAAGGAUUAAUUUGUUUUAGUUUUUUCUUUUCCGGUUUCAGUUUGGAAUGCAUCUAUGUUAAGAAGAGCUAUUUGGUUGUUAGUUCUGUAUGAAGUUUGAAUUUUUCUACUAUUUUCUUUUAUUCUUUUGUCUUAUUCUGUUGUUUACCUGAUUUAGCUCUAUUUUUGUAGCUAAUAAGUCUGAAAGAUUUCUAUCUAUAGUCUCGCCUUUGAAGAUUUGAAAGCGAUCAGUCUUGGCCAGAAUAGUUAUAGGUUUGAUAGAAGUCUCAAUUCCAUAUCUGCUUUAUUUUGUGAUCACAAGUUUUYCAUUUUUCCUUCAUUUGAUUAUGACUUUUAAUUGUUUAGGUGCAAAGGUUUCAUUAAUUUUCUGUUAUUCGUCAAUUCUUGGUAGUGGAUUUGUCAGAAUAGGUAUAGGUUUUCUGAUGGGACCAGAAACGAUUUGGAAUCUUUCUACUCAAGGCCGCCGUGGUCUCCACCGGCCACUUCUUCCACUUGUUAUUGGCUUUUGACCGUCUUUACAGGGUAUAACCGUAUAACCUCGGCUCUCUUCUUGGUCAUGGUCUGAAUUGUCUGUGCGUGUGUGCUAUUUGAAUUCUUUAUGUUUUAGUCUACUUGAAAAGCCGUUGACCUCCAAAUCAUCUUAUUGUCUUUACAUUAGAAUUAAUAUAAGCUCUAAGAUCCUUGACUUGCCUAAUUUGUCUGCAGAGGUUAUAUGUUUACAUUCUCUGUGUCUCCAAGCAUCUUUGGGUGGGUUGUGUUUCAUAUUAAGAUGACUGUUCUCUUUGGUUUCCUUGUCUUCUUGUUCUCCUCUGUUGUAGUCUCACAAAUUCCUCAAAUUCCUUUAGGGUCUAAGCUCUCUGUUGUAGGAAAUGACUACUGGGUGUCCCCAAAUGGAGAUUUUGCAUUUGGGUUCUUCAAUAGCUCUGACCAGCCUAACCUCUACAGCGUUGGUAUCCGUUUCAAUUCAAACUCUAUACCAAUUGACAAACAAACUGUAGUUUGGGUUGCAGGGGCUGAUGUUUUUGUAGGGUAUCAUUCAUAUCUCCAGCUUACCCAAGCUGGAGAUCUUGUUCUAUUUGAUUCUUUAAAGGGAACCAUUGCUUGGACCAGUAACACUAGCCACUUGUCUGUUACUUUGGCAUUUCUUCUUGACAAUGGCAAUCUUAUCCUCCAGAAUGGAGAUCAAGAUGUUGUUUGGCAAAGCUUCAGCACUCCAUCAGACACACUUAUCCCAGGCCAGAAUCUUAAUGUUGGUCAAACACUCCGAGCUGCCAGCAGAAACUCAGUAUCAAGCUACUACAGUCUUUCUUUUGAUGCAUCAGGUAAGUUGAAACUGAAAUGGCAAAGCGAUGUCAAUUACUGGACAGGAGGAAGUACUCUUUCAGCUGUUCGAGCUACCCUCACAUCCGUUGGAGCCCUGCAACUUCAUGAUAGAAAAUCCAAACCAGUGUGGUCAGUAUUUGGAGAUGAUCACGAUGAUUCCUUGGUGAGUUUCCGAUUUCUCAGGCUAGAUGUAGAUGGAAAUCUUCGAAUGUAUUCGUGGGUUGAAGCAUUGGGGUCAUGGCAGUUAGUAUGGCAAGCUAUCAAGAAUCAGUGCAAUGUCUUUGCCACCUGUGGGCUCUGUGGCAUCUGUGUCUUCACAGAUGAAGGAUCCACCGACUGCAAAUACCCAUUUGGAUCAGGGGUUGAUUCCAAUUUGAAAUGUUUGACACUAUAUAAACAGAAAUGUGAACCUGGUGUUACCAUGCUCACACUUGAGCAUACAUUCCUAUAUGGGAUCUAUCCACACAAUGACACAGUCACCAGAACUAGUUUAGAACAAUGUAAAAGCUCAUGCUUGGAGGACCCCCAAUGCACAUCCGUGACUGUAGUAAAUGAUGGUACUGCACAAUGCCUUACAAAGCUAACUCCACAUAUUACUGGUUAUGCACAUCCCUCAAUAAAGUCAAUAUCCUUUGUCAAAAUGUGUUUAGAUCCAGUUGCUUUCUUGCCCAAACACCGCCCUACAUCCUCUGCAUCUCCAUCACCAUUAUCACUGCUCAAAUGGUCACACCAGUUUUGCAUUCCAUGUCUUAUUGGGGCAACCAUGGGCACACUUGCAGCAUUGGUUAUAAUUCAGAUUGGAAUUGGCCUCUGUAUCCUGAGAAGGAAGUCCAUCAAGAACACCACAACUUUAUCUCACAUGGAUCCUAAUUUCAGAGGCUUGAUCAUUUUAUCCUAUAGAGAAAUUAAGGAUCUAACUGGGAACUUUAAGCAUCGCCUUGGGCCAAAGAUGUUCAAGGGUGUGCUUCCAAGCAACCAAGCUGUUGCAAUCAAGGACUUGAAGGCAGCUGUAUCAGAGAAGCAGUUCAGGCGCACUGUGUCAAUUAUAAGUAGCAUUCACCAUAAAAACCUGGUGAAGCUGGAGGGUUAUUGUUGUGAGUCAGGCCAAAAGUUUUUGGUCUAUGAGUUUGCAAAGAAUGGCUCAGUGGAUAAGUGGAUAGAGGAAGCUAGUCUCAGCUCUAAGAGGCUGACUUGGAAGAAGAGAAUGGAAAUUUGUAUUGGUGUGGCAAGGGCCAUGUCCUAUUUGCACACUGGGUGUAGGGAGUUUGUAAGUCAUGGGAAUUUGAAGUGGGAGAAUGUGCUUUUGGAUGCUGAAUUGGAGGCUAAGGUAACUGAUUUUGGACUGAGGAGAGUUUGUGGUGGUGGGGCAUCUAGUGGAGGGGCUGCAGAAGAUGUAGCAAACUUUGGAGAUAUGAUGGUUAUAUUGGUGAGUGGUCGCCAAGGAGUUAAGGGUGUUGCUGAAUGGGCAUACAAGGAAUGGGUCGAAGGGCGGGCAGAGACUGUUGUGGAUGCUAGAAUAAAAAAUGUAGUAGAUUCAGAGGAGGUUGAGCGUGCAUUGAGGAUUGCAUUUUGGUGCAUACAAGUUGAUGAACGAUUAAGGCCUUCAAUGGGGGAAGUGGUGAAGGUGUUAGAAGGUACAUUACUUGUUGAUCCCCCACCGCCUCCUUUUGUCUUGCGGAGGCUGCUAGUGGGUGAACUAUUAGAAUCAAAUUUGGAACCAGAAAACCUGAUAUAGACUAACCAUUUCAAGACUGAAAAUUUUGUGUGCUGGAGAUGUACUUAUGUAGCAUGAUGCAAUUGUUUAGCUUCCUAGUGCUUGUUGAUUUGGUAGAGGUGUGCCAGUUUUUUGUUGAGUAAAUUGCAAUAUGUGGAGCCAAAUUUAUAGUGACUUUGACACAUAAUAGUUAGGAUCUUUUCUUCCUUUUGGAAAGCCAUUGUUGUGAAAUGUUAUCUUGACUGACCUGUAUGUCUUUUCUUUGAUCUAAUUGUCAUUCUUCCAUGUGUAAACUAUAUUCUUGUAAUUGGCCCUGGCCACUGAGAAGUAAAACUGAUAAUUGAGYUUGUUUUC